GGGAUGUGGCGCAAUAACACAAUAAAAAAUGCAUAAUAUUCUGUUUGCCUAAAUGUUUUAUUUACCUUUUUGGCUUAUUUCCCAUUUUCUAAAUCUAUGAAAUGUUUUAAAGUUUAUUCCCAGCAACAAAAGUAAGAAUUUUCUCCCACAAUCUCUGCUGUAUUUAACCACAUGUAACGUUUAGAUAACAAAAUUGUUUUUUACUCAAAAAAAACUUCCUGGAUUUUAGUAGCACGACUUAUUAAAAUAUAAAUAAAAUAAAGAAAAACUUUUGUGUUGUACUUAACAUUUUCGGUUUAAGAAGAUUUAAACUUGCAGUGGAAAAUCUGCAAGUUUGCAAGAAAAUCAAAAAGUGUUGGAAGGCCAAAUUUGUGUCUUUGUUGAAUUGGGGUCAGCAUCCACACAAAAUGAAUCCAAGGGCCACAAAAGGCCCCAGGCUGCACUUUGGACAACCCAGAUGUACAGAAUAUUCACUGAACUUCGAUCCACGGUUUUAACCGCUCACAGCUAGCAAGACUGGUGGAAUCAACUAGCUCACUCACUCUUCGGUUGCCUAGCAACAACAUGCUGCGCAACUGGCGCAGAAACAGUUUCAAGUUUCUCCCCCAUUGUUCAUAACUGGUAAAAUCGAAAAAAAUGUGUAUAAAACACUCCACCAGAUCGGUUGGUUCAGAUAUUUAAAGCAAAAACUCUAAUAAUUAUAAAUAUCCUCUGACGUGAAACAUUUAUAAUAUUAUAAUUAUAAUUGUGUCAUCCAGCACAACUAGGGAAGCAACCAAUCAGAAAGCAGAAAUGGAGAACUGAAAAGCUUUUCUUGUUUUUCAGUGUAUGACUCCACCUCACAGUCCGAGCUUUGCCGAGGCGUCGACUAUGACUGUCCUCACCACAAGCUCCGCCUCCAGACAGCUAAUGCUCCGCCCCCCGCAGCCCUGCGCCUCCCCUGAGAUCCCCACGCCGCCGCCGCUCCCUCACGUCGAGCCGCCCUGCGUGGUUCUGCCAGGCAAGGCGAUGGCCACCAGCGUCAUCCGCCACACCGCCGACAGCCUCCCCGCGGCGCCGCCCUCCGCCCCGCAGACGGACACACCCACUCCGCCGGAGCCGCCUCCCGUGGAGAAAAUAGCCGGGCCCCCUCCGUCUUCCUCGGCGGUUCCCUCCUCUCCGGUUCUCUGCCAGGUCUUUCCGGUCGGCGGCCAGACGGGAAUGAUUUCGGCGUUCGUCCAGGCUCCGGUCCAGGUCCAGACCCAAGCCGGACCCCAGUCCCCUCCGCCUACCUUCACCCAGCCCCUGCUGGUGGGCUCCACCGUGCCGCAGGGGGCGGUCAUGUUCGUGGUGCCACAGGGGCCGAUGUCGCAGACGACGCAGGGUCCCCAGACUGUAAUGACCCUGGGAAACACCAAGCUCCUCCCCCUGGCCCCCGCCCCCGUUUACAUGCCGUCAGGAACGAGCAGCGGCGCCUCGCAGGCCGACUUCUCCCGCAGGCGGAACUACGUCUGCACAUUCCCCGGCUGCAAGAAGACCUACUUCAAGAGUUCCCACCUCAAGGCUCACCUGCGCACACACACAGGCGAAAAGCCGUUCAGCUGUCACUGGGAAGGCUGCGACAAGCGUUUCGCCCGCUCUGAUGAGCUUUCCCGCCACCGCCGGACGCACACGGGCGAGAAGAAGUUCGUCUGCACCGUGUGCGACCGGCGCUUCAUGCGCAGCGACCACUUGACCAAACACGCCCGGCGGCACAUGACCACCAAAAGGGCGUCGACGUGGCCCCCGGAAACCAGGGACCUGACGAAAGGAGCCGCGGUGCCCAAGGGCCAAAACAAGGGCCCCACGCUUCCCCUCGGUGUGCUCGUCUCCACCGCCAACUGAAAGACUCGCGGGGACAACUCAGGACUCCAAGGCUUAGGAUUCAGGCCCCGGCUACGUUUACAAGACAUCAAAACAGGGUCAGCAAAUCCUGGUGAACUCAGAUCAAGAACUUCCUGUAAAGAUGUCCGUCCUCAUCGCGAUGGAAGAAGCGCAACAAUCAGACAGGAGGAACCGCUUCACAUACGCACCACGUUUUAAAAUAUCCGUGCUGCCAUAAACCCGGACUCACAGCUUUUCCGCUCUACUCAGGACAUUUUACAUUUUACAACCACAACCACAAAACGCGCUGCAAAAAGGAAGGAGGAGGACAUGAAGGCUGCUACUCAUCCACAAACACAAACCAACAAAAACCUGACUUUGCACUGGAUUUUUUAAAAUAAAAAUCUUACUUGUUUUUAUACUCUCUCCAUGUAUGAUGUUUACUUCAUGUGUAUAUGUCACAUUUAGCAGAACGUAUGCACACGGUCUAUUGUUUGCCAAAGCUUCUGUAUCGUGCUUCUGUUACUAGCCGACUUCUGUUUGUUUGACUGUAAAUACUGUAAAUAUACUGAUAUCUAUAUGAAUGUUACUUGUAUUCCAGUCUCCAUUUAUUGAUAUUUUCAAAAAAAAUGUCAGUGGACAGUAUUCAUCACUGUGAUACUACCUAUAUUUGCUUUAUUCAUUAUUAUUAUUAUUAUUUUAUUAUUUAACAUUCUUUGUUGAGAAAAGUGCUGUUUUUAAUAUCUUGAUUUGGCCCAUAGUGUAGCCAGUAAGAAUACCUCAUGUUAUUAAAUGUUAUUCUUAAUAAUAACAGUUUAUAUCAGAGUAAUCCCAUUUCCAUACAUUUGUUUGUUGACAACAGUGAACAAUAUAGCUUUUAUAAUAAAACUUUACAAUGAA